UGUCCCCUUUCUUUCUACACGAAUUCUAAGCGUUUUCCCCUCGCAUCGCCGGAUUAGGCAAAGGCAAACUCCCGGAGGAGACGGAAUCUCGCAUCCCGGCCGCUCACCCGCUAUCCUCUCUCCGCCGCCCUCACCGGCGCUCCCUUCGUCACUGGAAGUUCUUACUGCAAUAUUAUCCCCGAGGCCGAAAAGUAGCUUUGGCAAACUUUCUAUUCAGCAGAGAGUAGAUAUGCAAAACAGUGGUACACAACUUCGCGAAAGCAGCAACCAGAAGGUUCAUCCCCAACCAAUGGAAGAGGCGGCGAAUCAGAAUCCGGAAGCUAUAGAAGCAUUAGUGUCGAGGAUAUUUAUGAAUAUCUCUGCCCUGAAGUCUGCUUACAUUCAACUUCAAGCUGCUCAUACUCCUUACGACCCCGACAAAAUCCAAGCUGCUGAUAAGCUUGUAAUAUCUGAGCUAAGGAACCUAUCUGAACUGAAGCAUUUCUACAGAGAGAACAACCCGAAACCCGUUUGCAUCUCACCACAAGACUCCCGGCUAGCCGCUGAAAUUCAAGAACAGCAGAGUCUGUUGAAGACGUACGAGGUCAUGGUGAAGAAAUUUCAAUCUGAAAUUCAGAAUAAAGAUUCUGAGAUUCAUCAUCUUGAGCAGCAGAUUCAGGAGGCAAAUCAGAAACGAGUGAAACUCGAGAAAAACCUAAAGUUGAGGGGCAUGUCAUCAAAAGAAUCAGAUGGGAAUGCCAGUGGAAACGGACAAUCCACGGUGGAAUUGUCCCCCGAACUGUUUAAAUCAGCUGUAGAAGCUGCUUCGAAGGCCAUUCACGAUUUCUCCAAACCAUUGAUCAACAUGAUGAAAGCAGCUGGAUGGGACCUUGAUGCGGCAGCAAACUCAAUUGAGCCGGACACUACUUUUGCCAAAAGGGCCCACAAGAAAUAUGCUUUCGAAUCGUACAUCUGCCAGAAAAUGUUCAUAGGCUUCCAGGACGAAACUUUCUCUGUCGAACCUGCCACUGAAAUGGCCCCUGCAGAGAAUUCUUUUCAGCAGUAUCUUGCCAUGAGGGAAAUGGACCCAUUGGAUGCGGUUGGCCAGAGCCCAGAUUCAACUUUCGGGAAAUUUUGCCAAAACAAAUACCUAACACUUGUUCACCAAAAAAUGGAAGCGUCCUUCUUUGGGAACUUAGAUCAACGAAACUAUAUUGCAGGAGGUGGGCAUCCGAGAACCGCUUUCUACCAGGCAUUCCUGAAACUUGCGAAAGCAAUAUGGCUUUUGCACAGAUUGGCGCACUCUUUCGAACCUUCUGUCAAGAUAUUUCAGGUGAAGCGUGACGCCGAGUUUUCUGAAGUCCACAUGGAAAGUGUGGUGAAAAAUUUCAUCGUGGAUGACAGUGGCGAUCAAAAGCCUAAAGUUGCGCUAAUGGUCAUGCCUGGAUUUUGGAUGGGUGGGAGCAUCAUCCAGGCUCAAGUCUAUCUCACAGGUAUUAAGGUUUCCGAAUAACUGAAUAUGUUUCUGUUUCCAUUUUUUUUUUUUUCUUUUUCGGUCUGUGUUUAUUUAAUCGAGUUUGAGUGCCUGCGUGCUUUAAAUUAUGGUGCAUAUCAGCUUACAUAUAUAUCAAAGACCAUUUCUCGAAAUCAAUUAAGUCCUUGUGUCCCUAUGGCUACUUGAUGAUCUAUUAAUGACUUGAUAAGCGAUUUUUCGGAUUAUUGUCUGUGGAUUAUAGAUUAGAACUCGAUAGGAUAGGUGAGGCCAUGAUCAUUCUACAGGACAAUAGCGUGCGGAAUGACUCAACUGUUGGUUGACAUAUUAUCUUAUGUAAUAUAAUGAUCAUAUCCUUUUAUGAGAAAUAGCCAUUUGAUUUAACAUAAA